ACUCUCUCAGCUAGAAAAAAAGAGAAAGUUACCAAAAUGGCGGCGUCAGCCUACCCGUCCUUUGGAAAACAAUAGACGAGCACUUGCGGGGCUACGCGCAGCCCUAAUCCGGAAGGAGCACCGUCAACCGGCAGCGACCACUUGAUAACCAGGCCGCUCCGAACAUGCUUCGUUAUGGUGCUUACUAACUUGCCAGGCAGGCAGCCCCCCCGAGCAGAGCUAGCUGAGCAUCUAGCCUAGCUACACUGAGAGAGGGAGGUAAGGAGGCGGGCGGGCGGCCGCGGGAGGAGGCGGUGAGCAAGCGGCCAGGCGGGUGGAGGAUCAGCUGUUGCCUCAACAGAUGCUGUAAAGAGAGCGCACGGCCCAGCCCCACGUUCACAGUAAGUCCUCUUGAUAAAUGCGGACAAUGUUGUCGUAGCGCCCGAAGAGAAAAGACCACCAUUUUGUGCGCCAGUGGAGCCGGAAAGGCCUCCGAAGUUGGCGAACAAGAAAGUCCGCUCAGAGUCGCGGAGUGGCUUCGCUCGCGUUAGCUUAGCAGCCAGCUAACAUUCAUCGAGCGACUUAAGUUGCCACCGAGUUGAGAUGAAAUCUUCCCCCUAAAAUCAUGCCCUGUGCCUGGUGAGCCCAUUUUGGCAGAGCGGCCACUUCGUUUGCCACUUUUCUUUGGCCGUGCAACUUCUAGCGAGUGCAGGAAUGUGCUAGCAUGUAAACACAACAGAAAUGUUGCUAAUGCGCUAGUUAGUUAGCUUUGUGGACAACUUGGACGCGGCUGCCCGGUGCUCCUUUCGCCGUUACUCCACAUAGCAUCUCAUUCUCCUCACUGGGCCAAGAGGUCGGACGGCUGACCGGCGGUGACCGAAGGCCGUAAACCUCCAAUGGAGCCCGCAGCACGGCUGGCUUUGUAAGGGUCCAGAGACGGGCGGAGGAGGGGUUACGGACGCCCGUAGUCACAAAAAACGAGGACCACAGACAGCGUUUUAUGGACCUAACCUGAGCCCGCAAGCUUUUUUUUUUAAUUGAUGAUGGCGGAUUUUGUUACACCGCGACACAGCGCGGUGAUGGAGCGGUUGCGGCGGAGGAUUGAGCUCUUCCGGCAGCAUCACAACAGCUGCGAGAGACGCUACGAGGCCGCCGCGCUGGAGAGCCUGGAGCUGGAGAGGCAGCAGACCCUCGCCUUGCACCAGCGCUGCCUGCAGGCCAAGGCCAAGAGGUCCAAUAAGCACCGUCAGCCCCCGGCUAGUGCCGGGGAUCAGGCCGGACAGAGGGCACCCGGAGCCGGCAGUGGCGGAGGAGGUGCUGGAGCAGCCAGCGUGGAGCUCGGCGACGGCAGCGGAGCAGUCGCCGAACAGAGCCGGAACAGCACGCUCAUUGCAUUGCAGGAGACGGUGAAAAGGAAGCUGGAGAGUGCUAGUUCGCCUUUGAGCCGCGAGCAGGUCAACGGCUUCUCAGACGGCUUCCCGUCCAGUAAGAAGGCCUGUAUGGAUGCUGCCGCCAAGGCCAACGGCUCCCCCCUGGAUUCCAAACUGGGCCUGGGCGACGCUCUGUCUUCCAACGGCAUACACGGCCCCUCUGUUGAAUUUACAGCAGAGGGCAGCAAGGAGACGGCAUCGGCUGACUUUCACCGCAAGGAGAUGAAACAGGAGCCCGAUGAUAUCCUGCCCAUCAUGCCACCGUCAGCAGGAGGAAACAACAACAACAACCUUUUUCCGGACCUUAACUUAGAUGAGCAGGUGUGGUCCGACCUGAUGGAUGAGCUCAACCGCACCGUGGACUACGAGGACAUCCAGGACAUCCUCAAUGAUGACUUUGAGGACCGCAAAGACCCUCUGGAGAUGACUCCUAACUCGGGAAGCGCCAGCGUGGCAGCAGGCAGCAAGCCCUCCCAGAGUCUCCUUCCUAUGGAUUUGGGAAGUGUGAAAGCAGAGUUUUCCCCGUCCGCCUUCGAGCAGGACUCGCGCACCGGAUCCCCUCACGUCCGCUCGGCGUCUUCUGGGCCUCCGCCUCGUCCUCACCCCACUAGCUCUCCGGCGGCCGUUUCAUCCGCCUCCUCCCCAGCCGCACCACCGCCCAGGCAGCACCCCCCGCCCCCCAACCACCUUCUCGCCAAAGACCUGUCCCCAGCCCAGCAGCUUCAGCAGUUGGCCGCCCAGCAACAGCGGGCACAGCAUCUUCACAGCCAGCUACAGCACAAACAAGCGGUGGCCCCCGGGACCAAGUUCCAUGGACAGGGAGGCCCUCACGCACACCCUCCGCCCUGGACACAGAUGGCCGCCCCCUCGCAGAGCACAAUGGGGGCGGCGUUUGGCGUGGACAAGCCAACCACCCCCUCCUUGUACCCACAGGACUUCAAUUCCGGUGCACAGAAGCAGCGCCUGAUGUCUGGCCAGCCCACCAAGGCCUCACCCAAGGCGGGGGCCAACAGCUACAUGGCGGGGGCCGCCAGCCACGCCAGUGUGCUAGGCCACCCACCUCAGGGGCCACCUCUCAACCACCCGCCCACACCGGGGGCCCAAGCAGCCAUGUUGAACUACAACAACACCAAGCCCCUGUCCCACUUUGAGGCUGGGCCCGGGCCACCCAGGCCGACCAACGGCCAGAACCAGAACAAGGCGGCUCUCCUCAGCCUGAUCAGACAGCAGCAGCAGCAAAUUAAGCAGAAGAACAACAUGAACUUUCGUCAACACACACUAACACACUCGCAGGACCAGAACUCGUACCCGGCGCCUCCACACGGCCCCAAUCCUGCCGGCGCCCUGACAUCCACGCCGGGCGGCGGCACAAUGGCGGCAGCGCCCGGGCCCAACGCCAUCGCGGGUAACCACGGCAACACGGCCUACCUCGGCAGCCAGGCGGCGGCACUCAAGCAGCAACAGCAACAACAGAUUCUGGAGCAGCAAAAGCAGCAGUACCUGCAGAGACAGCAGAUGAUGGCAGAACAGGAGAAACAGCGUCAGCAGGACCAGCAGCUUCAGAGACACCUGACCAGACCCCCGCCUCAGUACCAGGACCAGCCCGGGCAGACGGCAAAUCAGAACGCUUUCCCACAGGCUCCCGUCAGCCAGUUUACAGCUUCGUCACAGUCGCUGGCCAGCGUGUCUUCCAUGGGAGGCCCCGCCCCGGCCGGCCAGCGCAUGUUUCCUCAGCCACAAGGCAUGAUGGGACUCAACAUGGCCUCUGGUGCCAUGACGGCGAGCGGCGCUGCUCCGCCGGCGAGCCAAGCGGACCUCGGGCUGGCGUCGUGCGGCGGGACUGGUGUGGACGUGCAGCAGGUGCUGUAUAACAACAUGAGCCUUCACUCGGGCGGUGGGCACGGGGCCCAGCAGCGUCAGCCCCUGUACAGGCACAACCUGCUGGCACAGCAGCACCUCAACAAACAGCCCAAUGCUGCCGCCAUGUUGAAGCAGCAGCAACAGAUGGCUGCCGCCCGUAUGCCCAGCAACAUGCAGGCCCCCCAGAAUAGCGUAUGGCAGCAACAAACGUCGCCCGCUAAUGCCGGUCUUCCCCCCAACACCUUCGUCAGUGCCCCCAAUGCCUUCCACAUGCAGCAGCAGCAGCAGGCUCGCAUCCCCAAAAUGUCCGCCACCACAUUUACCCCCAACCCCGCCGGGCGGCCCGUGGUGGGCAUGAUGCAGAGCGCCCAGCAGCGCGCACCGCCCAACCCUCAGAGCCUGGGCCCGCCCCAGACUCAACAGCAAGCAGCUCAGAACCACCCGAACAAUCAGAACGUCCUCCCUGACCUGGCGGUGUUCGGGGCUGCUACAGGUGGCGGGCGGCAGGGCCUGCCAUGUAACCAAGGUUACCAGGUCAGCAGGACGGCCAAUCAGCAGCAGCUUUCCUUCGGAUACAAUGCCGCUGCUGGGAGCUUCGCCGCCGAAAGCGACCUGGUGGAGUCACUGCUGAAGGGGCAGAGCGCGCAUGAGUGGAUGGCAGACCUCGACGAGCUGCUCGCCUCACACCAGUAGACGUCGAUACCGCUGCGCUUUCUCGCCGCCAUCGGCGGGCAGAAACCAGCAUGCGUCACGUGUCGCGCCGCCGGUUUCCCCUGAGUAGGGUCACGUGACCGAUCACCUGAUAUUAGGUUAUGCCACGUCACCAACGGGUCAUAUGACAUCCCAUAUCAAAUGUGUCGGGGUAUGUCACUUGCGUGUCAGGUGACACAUGAUGUCAGAUAUUAUGAUGCGUCAUGUGACACCUGUAACUUGCAUCAGUUGAUAUCUGACGUGAUGACACCAUCUGGGCCAUGUGUUGUGACAUUCAAGUAAUGCAUAUUGUGACACCACCAAGUUCCAUUAUGUCGCAUAACCCAUCAGAUGACGUGCACCAAACAAUGUUACGUGAUGUCAUGUCUGAAAAUGCCGCGUCACAUGAUGUCAAAACGUUUUGAUUUUGGCUCCAACUGGACUGUAAUGCGUCAGACAACGUGACACCUGACACAUUCUUUACAUGACAUUUCGCAUGAUGCCUCGUAACGGGCAGCGUUACAUGUCACAUGAUCCCAGGUGGACAUACCGGCUUCCUGGAUGCGCUCUCACAGUUGUCGGAUGGACAGAUCGCUCCGACCGGAAGGCAUUGCCAUUGGUCGAUGGGUGGAGCAUAUCCGUCACCUCGUUUGUGUGUAAAUGUUUCUAAAUCUAUUUUUUGUAUGUAACAUUGCGAUCUGGACAUAGAUGUUAUUUUUAUAUAUUGCAGACCAUUUUUGUAAGUAUUUUCUACUUUUGAUAUGUUUGUGUUAAACAAGAGGUUUAUGACUUGUAAAUAUACUUCUUCCCCACAAA